AAACUGAUGCCGAACCUACUUGUGCUUGCUAACUUUAGCUUUUUGCGUUAAGCAGCGUUUAACUGUCGUAUUCAUGAAAUAAACGGGUUAUAUUUGUUCUUCUGUUCCUCUGAAGCCCGUCCUUUGAUGGGAGUUCGCUCCAGGAUGAUUCCUAUCGAGGACGCGUCCGCCAGGAAGCGGGAGAUCGAGGAGAAACUGAAGCAGGAACAGGAAACUCUGUCCUUCAUCAGAGAGAACCUGGAGAAGAGCGAUCAGCUGACCAAAGGCAUGGUUUCCAUCCUGUCGUCGUUUGAGAGCCGUCUGAUGCAGCUGGAGAACUCCAUCAUCCCGGUCCACAAACAGACGGAGAACCUGCAGCGGCUGCAGGAGAACGUGGACAAAACCCUGUCCUGCAUGGACCACGUCAUCAGCUACUACCACGUGGCCAAAGACACGGACCGCAUCAUCCGGGAGGGACCUGCAGGCAGACUGGACGAGUAUCUGGCUUGUAUCGCAAAGAUCCAGAAAGCUGUGGAGUAUUUUCAGGACAACAACCCUGACAGUCCCGAGCUCAACACAGUGAAAGCUCGUUUUGAAAAAGGCAAAGAGCUGCUGGAGGCGGAGUUCCGUAGCCUCCUGACCCGCUACAGUAAACCCGUCCCCCCGAUCCUCAUCCUGGACACCAUCAGCGUGGACGAAGACAUGGAGCUGCAGGAGGAGGUGGUUCUGGAACAUCUGCCCGAGGCCGUGCUCCAGGACAUCAUCUGCAUCUCUGGCUGGCUGGUGGAAUACGGACGCAACCAGGAUUUCAUGAACGUGUACUACCAGAUCCGGUCCAGUCAGCUGGAUCGCUCCGUCAAGGGUCUGAAGGAUCAUUUCCGUAAGAACAGCGCCUCCUCGGGGAUCCUCUACUCGCCCGCCGUCCAAACCAAACGCAAGGACACGCCCACUAAGAAGGCGCCGAAGAGACCAGGAACCAUUCGGAAGGCCCAGAACCUUCUGAAACAGUACUCACAGCAUGGGCUGGAUGGGAAAAAGGGGGGCUCUAACCUCACUCCUUUGGAAGGACACGAUCAUGACCCGCGGGUCAAACACCCCUCAGACGCCCUGAACGAGAAGCACGGGGCCGCCACAGGGAAAGACGACGUGCUGGACAUCGAGAUCGACUCGUACAUCCACUGCAUCAGUGCGUUCGUGAAGCUGGCUCAGAGCGAGUACGUCCUGCUGACGGAGAUCAUCCCCGAGCACCACCAGAAGAAGACCUUCGACUCCCUCAUCCAGGAGGCGUUGAACAACCUGAUGCUGGAAGGAGACAACAUUGUGUUCGCCGCUCGCCGAGCCAUCGAGCGGCGCGACUACUCCGCCAUCCUCACCAUCUUCCCCAUCCUGCGGCACCUGAAGAUGAACAAGUCGGAGUUCGACUCCACGCUGCAGGGGACGGCGGCGAGCACCAAGAACAAGCUGCCCACGCUCAUCACCUCCAUGGAGACGAUCGGAGCCAAAGCUCUAGAGGAGUUCGCCGACAGCAUCAAGAACGACCCGGACAAAGAGUACAACAUGCCCAAAGAUGGAACGGUCCACGAGCUCACCAGUAACGCCAUCCUGUUUCUGCAGCAGCUGCUGGACUUCCACGAGACGGCCGGAGCCAUGCUGGCCUCACAAGUUCUGGGGGACACUUACAAUAUCCCCUUAGACCCCCGAGAGACGAGCUCGGCGAGCAGCUACACGUCGGACUUCAACAAGCGCCUCCUCAGCACCUACAUCUGUAAAGUUUUAGGGAACCUGCAGCUGAACCUGCUCAGUAAGUCCAAAGUUUACGAGGAUUUAGCUCUGAGUGCCAUCUUCCUGCACAACAACUACAACUACACCCUGAAGUCCCUGGAGAAGUCCGAGCUGAUCCAGCUGGUCACGGUGACCCAGAAGCGAGCAGAGAGUUUUUACAGAGAGCUGAUCGAGCAGCAGAUCGAUACGUAUCAGCGAAGCUGGCUGAAGGUCACCGAACACCUGACGGACCGGAACAUGCCCGUCCUGCAGCCCGGAGCCAAGCUGAGAGACAAGGAGCGACAAGUGAUUAAAGACAAAUUCAAGGGCUUCAACGACGGUCUGGAGGAGCUGUGCAAGAUCCAGAAGGGCUGGGCCAUCCCGGACAAAGACCAGCGGGACUUCAUCCGGCAGGCGCAGAAGAAGGUGGUUUCUGAGGCGUACAGGUCCUUCGUGCACAGGUGUGCCAACAUCUCCUUCACCAAGAACCCCGAGAAGUACCACAAAUAUCGACCGGAGGAAGUGGAGGAGAUGAUCGAGAAGCUGUUUGAUACGUCCGCCUGAAGAGCCCUUCAUCCUCCUCCUCCUCAGCUCGUCAGAUAAAUACCCCCCCCCCCCCCCCCGAGAGACAGAAAGAUGUAACGACAUUCAGUAAAACAGCUGAAACGUCCAGAUGGUUUGAAACACAGGAAGUGGGAUCUUUGAACAGAACCGAGUCACUUCCUGUUCUGAUGUCACACUUCCUGUCUGAAGCUCGAAACAGGUUUACAGCGACACCUGAACCCCGGGAUGCUUCCUGUUUUAAUCAGACCUUUAACAACAGCUGGCACCAACUUAUGACUCCAGAUGUUCAUCUUUGUUUUAAUUCAGGAAAAAUAAAAACAUGUUAAACUAAAAAACUGUACGAUUUUAACAUAAAGUGCGUUUCUGUUUCCGUCAGGAGUUCAGUCUCCUGUCGGGUUUUAGGUUCAGGGCAUUUUGUUACGAGUUGUGACUAAACCAGAUCCAGGAAGGGGACCCAGACCUGCCCCUCCUCAGAGACGGUCCAGCUACUGCUUGGUUCUGGGUCCGAGUCCAGACCUCCAGAUGGAUCGCUCUGUGGCUGAUCCCGGACCCGGUUCUUUCAGUCCUGGUCUGAGGAGCGCAGCUGGAGCGUGGAAUCGUCCCUGUGGGUGGAGCUCAGGUUCACCUGACACAAAGUUACAG